CAACCUUUUUGGACACUUAAGUAAUUUUGUCCUGACUCUUGUUACUUUUUUUUUAAAUAAUAAAAGAUUUAUCCUAAAUUGCCGAUCUUUAUUACCUACAACCUACAAACUCUUUAGACACCUAAAUAAAGUUUUUAACUUACUAAGAAUCUGGUCUUUAGUGACUAUUAGGGUGCAAUGAUUACCCCUAGCUGAUAGUAACAUCUAAUUAGAACCGAUAGAAAGCGAUAACAAAAUCCGAUAUCCGGUACUGAGCAGGGAGUGGAACUCGCUUUUUAAGUAAACCGAUUUAUUUUAUUUUUUAGGUCACCAAAUUUGUAAACAAAAAUUUGGGCUCGUUAUUUGAAUGCAGCUACAGUUUUCCAAUUUAAUAAGUUUCUCAGAUUUAAUUUCUGUCUUUGAAUGAAAAUUCUUUCCCGGAAAUAAUCCAUUAACAUUUGGUUAUUUUAGAUGCGUAACUGACUGACCAGAAAUUGUCUGAAAAACUGUUAUUUUUGACCAACACUUCCAGUUCUGAAUUGGUAGCUAGUUCCAGUAGGCACUUUUUCUAAUCGGAAUGUUGCAAGAAAUUUGUAGCUAAACGUAGAACUACUAGAAAAAUUAAACCCAAAUUACACUGACACAAGCGCCUGAAUGCGACAGGAAAUAGUAAAUUAAAGUAGCUUUUCCACACGUCCGUCACAUAUCACCAUUUUUCAUUUACUGACCGCGAUUAAACGUGCAAAAUAUCGCGCUCAAUUAUGAGCUAAUUGAAAGUCGAUCGGUUCCGAAAAUACCUCAAGUAAGCCGGUGAUGGUUUUGUGUAUACAAAUCGUCGGUUGAACAUGUUAGUAUUUCCCGAAACAGUAGCAGCAUCAGUAUGGACGGUGCACACUUGUCUGCGGAAAAGAGUCGCCCUCGAGGCAACAGUGACAGUGAAAUGUUGGAGCUAUUAAACACCGGUGCUGAAGAAAACGCCGGAAAAGCUGAUAAAGGGGUCGGCUCAAGACGCAGCAGUCGCAGAAAAAUUAGCUGCAGACAAUGUGGGACACCUCACGAGGGAGUGUGCGAAGAGCUAGCAUUACACGAAGAUGAGGGACACAAUUGGUGGUCGAUUAUUUUUUCGUUACUGGUUAUUGGACUCGUUAUCUCCGGAAUUGUAGCUGCUAUUUUCCUUGUGGGGUAUGUUGAUGAACUUCUUUACUGGCAUGGGACGAGGAUGCAAUUUGAUGAGUUCUUGCAGGGCGAGCUGACUCCCAAACGAUUACCCUCUUCCUGGAUUUCGCACUCUCAUUUCGUUUACCAAACGGACGACGGAAGUCUGGCCAUACUCGACACUAGUCAUAAUUUCACUGUUUCGAUCCUAGUUACUAACCACACUUUGAGACAACUCCUCGUCAAAGGAUACCAGUGCUCAAAGGACCUUAAAUAUGUGCUCUUCCAACACGACGUAAAAUCAGUAUUCAGACAAUCCUUCACGGCGACGUACACCAUCUAUGACGUUAGUAAAGAUCAUCAAAUCCCACUCCGGUUGGAAAUGUCGUCGAAGGCCGAGCCCGAGACGUUCCAAUACGUUAGCUGGUUGGGCGACACAACUUCGCUCUUAAUGGUGUAUAAUAACGACAUAUAUUUCCGGCAGUCUCCCAUGGACGAGACCGAGACCCGCCUGACGUUUUCGGGGCGUCCCGAGGUGAUCUAUAAUGGAAUUCCAGAUUGGCUCUACCAAGAGGACGUGCUCAAGAGCCCGCAAGCGAUGUGGAGCUCGCACGAUGGCACUCACCUGUUGUACGCAACGUUCAACGACAGCGAAGUGGGAAUAUUAAAUUUCCCGUGGUUUCGAACGGAAGCCGGCUUAGGGGCCUCCAGCCCCGCUGCGUCCUUCCCGUCCUCGCGCAGCGUUCGAUUUCCGAGGCCCGGGGCGGCCAACCCCACGGUGCAGCUGUGGGUCAUGGACAUCUCGAACCUCACCGACAUCCAGAGCCACUUGGUAAAACCCCCGCAAGCGCUCGUCGGCCAGGAUUACUAUUUGGCGUCGGCUGGCUGGAUUGGACAGAAGAACACGCAAGUGUCGGUGGUGUGGAUGAACCGCGCACAAAACCUCAGCAUCAUUUCGGCCUGUCUAGCGCCCAACUGGACAUGUGUAGAGAUUCACGCUGAACGCGCAGCAGAGAGGGCUUGGCUCGACAUCCAGGAGCAUCCGAUCUUUUCAGCGGAUGGCGACAGUUUCCUGAUGCUUGCUGCUGUCCAGGAGGGGAGCAGGGAAGCUUACACGCAUAUUAAGCACGUGACUGUCACUCAACAGCACAUCGCUGUCCUCAGCCACGGUCGACACGAGGUCGAUCGAAUCUUGAGCUGGGAUAAUGCGAGCCAUCUGAUCUAUUACUUGGCGACGGAGGAGCGCAAGGCGGGUCAAAGGCAUCUGUACGUAGUACGUGACCCGUCUACAGACGACCCCCGACGGCUUGAAUCCCACUGCAUAACUUGCGAGAUCGGGGACGUCCUCUGGAGCAGUCGUUAUCUUUACGGCAACUGUACGCACUUCAACGCUUUGAUAAGCCCUCGUUCGGAAUCAUCGAAUUCGUCAUUUUAUGUCCUUCAAUGCGAGGGACCCGGUCUUCCAUUAGCAGGCAUGCAUAAUGCGACUUCGCACAAGCUAUUAAAGAUUCUUUACGAUACGAGGCUGCAGAAAAUGGGAAUGCUCGAGAGGUUAGCGUUGCCCAAGCAAAAGUCUUUCGAGGUGCCUUUGCCCCAUGGUAGUAGGGCUCAAGUUCAACUACUUCUACCUCCCAGCUGGAGGGAGGAACUGCGAGACGCUGCCUACCCUGUCCUUGUUGAAGUUAACGGCAGACCGGGCAGCAAAGCAGUGACCGAAAAAUUUAGGAUAGAUUGGGGUACCUACAUGUCGAGCCACUGCGACGUGGUUUACAUCCGCCUGGACGUGCGGGGGGCCAGUGGCCAGUCGGACCGCGCCCUUUUCCGCCACUUGGGGGGCGUGGAAGUGCAGGACCAAGUGGCGGUGCUGGAACUCCUCCUCAACACGUACAAAUACUUGGACAAAACUCGCGUCGGAAUCUGGGGUUGGGGCUACGGCGGGUACGUCACCUCCAUGGUGCUGGGGCUGGGCAACCAGCAGAAAGUGUACAAGUGUGGGGCGGCGGUGAGCCCCAUCUCCGACUGGGCGUAUUACAAUUCAGCAUUCACGGAGAAGAUCCUGGGGGACCCCAACGAGAACAAGAAGGGGUACGUGCAGGCGGACGCCACGCAGCGCGCGCAGAACAUCCCCCGGAACUCCUUUUACCUGCUGCACGGUAUGGCUGACCUCACGGCUCCGUACAUCCACGGGGUUUCCCUGGCACGUGCCCUGACGGAAGCCGGGGUCCUGUUCCGAUAUCAGAGUUACGCCAACGAGGGUCACGAACUCGAAAACGUUCUGGAACACGUGUACAGCUCGAUGCAAAGCUUCUUCGAAGAGUGCCUUAGACUAGAUGUAGGCGAGCCAGCUAAUGAUAAAGAUACCUGAAGAUUGGUUUCCCACUUACUUCACCACCACGUGACGGCCUUCGAAACGCAGACAUUCCACGUGUUAUCAGUUACGAAAAGAAGAAAACAGCAGAAACCGACUAACGGAACUAGUCAAUUCAAUCAAUAAUCAAGCUGUUUAUAUCAUAGCAAAACUUAGUGAGUUGUUCAGUGUAGAACGACGAGACGAAUUAGUGAUUCCUUUUCUCAAAUUUUCUUGUUGAGCGGUUGGACUGAUAUCAGAUUUUAUAUAUUAGAUCCAAGUUGUGACCUUUCCUCUUCUUACACCGAUUUCCAAACUACUUUUAAUGACGAGUUUUUACAGUGAAAAGUAGUUAAUGUCAUUAGAUCUCAACCCAAAAGCCGAAUAUCACACGAUUACCAAAACAAACAUUCAUAAAGUAUUAACCUAGUAUCGUAAGAACUAAUUUUAAAUACCGUUAGUAUUGAAAUUCUUCCAUAGAAGUAGACUAUUGUAAAUAGCUUGAAUUGAUUAGAAUAAGACUGAUUUUAUAAAUUAUCAAAAAACGCUUAAGCUUUCGAUUGUUUGAUACAAACAAACGCUGUUUUAAUCUUCACGUAUCUCAAGUUAGACAAAUUUAACGGUGGCGUCCAAGCCUGUAAAUGAAAACCACUGGUUAAAACCGCACGUUUCAUUUUUGAUAUCGACAGAUCCACAGCAAAAUCUAAUCAAAGACAAUCUCAAGAGCAAAAUUUUUAUUGAUGACAUUAAAUACUUUCCACUCAGCUGUCGGUUCACACUUUUCUAUGUAACUGUUUCUUGGUUUCCCUCUUCUAGCAAAGUAAUAGUACAGAUGAUGUCAAUUAUUGAAAAUGUUUUUAAAUUUUCGGAAAGCUGAAUUACGACGAUAAAUCAAAAUAAAACGACUUAAUUAUUAAACUGGAGCUUCGAUAUUUAAAAGUAAUCAAUAAAAUGGUUGUGAAAUAUAAAACUUUCCAUUUAAACAAGAAUAUAUUACAUAGUGUAAAUUUUGCUUAGAUUUAUUAGUAGAAGCUGUGCUUCUGUCACAGCGAAGACAAUCUUUACGAGCUGAUAUUAUGUCCGAAUUGGUUUUCUCGUGUCCACUAACGCUGUCAAAUUUUCGGAAUCAUCGACCUCAACAUUCUAAAUUCGGUGGUCUAAUUUAAAACUUUUGGCCUAUUUCUCAGAGGAUUUGUGUUUCUAACGACGAUUAUCUCGAUGUGUUAUUUUUAUAGCAAUACUAAUUUGUUGCAAAUGUUGCCUAAUAAUUGUUGUACACAUCAGUGUUUGUAAAUUAAAAUAAUGUGCAGAACACCAAUUAAAUUAUUGAUUUUUAUUAGACAGCAAUGUUAGAUAAUGGAAUGUUAAAUGUUUCUUUUUUGUAUUAUAUUAAAAACAAAAUGAUGCAAACAAUGUUUACAAUAAAUCGUUAUUAAGUACAACACGCUUUAUUCAACACCUUGGUACAUCAAUCAGUUUGACAAGUUGCUUAUCAAAAUUAUUACACAAUAUUGAACCAGAACAAUGAAUCAAAUUGGACUAAAACGCAAAAGAAUCCAAUGCAGGAGAAGAAACCACCAAUCAUUUAAACUUCAUUGCAGGAAACAACGACGAAAACAGUUAAAAAAACAAAGAAUACGAUCACAAAUCAACAGACGGCGUCUGGCCGCAUUGGGUGGACGGUCAUCCGAAGAGUCAGUUAUCUACGUCGGAACGACCAAUAGAUACGCAAAUGUUUCAGUGAUUGACCUCACAAAAAGUACAACCAACAUUCUGGAAACGAAAAAAACGAACAAAAUCCCGCCAAAAACUCUCUCCUUGGUAGAUUACAAAUUAAACGGUUCAAACGAAAAGGCAGGAAUCCUGCACGCGGAGUACGAAUACAUGUCGGAAAAGCUCAGUCCUGAAAAAUGUUGAUCUUGUCCAUGUCUAAAUAAAAUCUUGGUUAAA